GCCCACGCGGAAUGGCUGGGCGCAGAGGCUGCGAGGGCGGGCGGCCGGGCGGGUGACUACGCGAGGCGCUUUGAGGAGCUUGGACAUUGUCCCCUGAGGUCGCCGGACAGCUGUCACCCAAAGGAGCGCACGCUGCAUGUCGGGGCCACCUCUGAAAUUCUCCUCGUCACCUUGGUUCGGGAGUGGAAACGCAGAGCGCUCGCCUCCCCUCCUCUCCUGGGAGGAUGGACAUCAGCUCUGUGGUCCCUGCCGGCUGUCCCCUCACAGUCAGAGCUUGUUGGUGGCAGGAGGGAUGGUGACCCCCAGGGAAGGGAGUGAUGACCCCGUGCUGCCGGACCUGCCCCGGGGGCCCCUGCACGUGGCCCGGGCCCGUGCCUCCUUCCCCUGGAAGGAGCUGGCGCUGUUCUGGGAAGGGGAGGACACACUGCGCUUCAAGACUGCACAUCCGAGGCAGCCCGUGGCCUCGAGAAGUCCACGUAAGCAAGAGCGGAAGGGCAGUCUGUGCUUUGCCUCCAAAUCAGCCAUUCCUCGCCUCCCACGUUUCCAGAAAACCAUCUUCUCAGCCCUGGAGAACGACCCGCUCUUCGCCCAGCCCCGCGGGAGCCUCUCUUUGGAGAAGUACCGGGAGCUGAACUUCCUGCGCUGCAAGCGGGUCUUGGAAUACAACUUCCUCCGCGUGGAGGACUUGCUGGGGAGCCCGCAGAGGGUCCUGGCGCUGAUCCACUGCCUGAGCAUGUAUGACUGGUCCCUGGCCGCCAAGUUCUUGCUGCAAGUGCUGAUUUUUGCAUCCGUGAUUUACAGCUCUGGUUCUGAAAGGCAUUUCAAGUAUCUUCCCAGGAUCUUCAGUAUGGAGAUUAUUGGAUGUUUUGCCCUGACUGAAGUGAGUCACGGGAGUAAUACCAAGGCCAUGCGGACGACCGCUCACUAUGACCCCGCCGACGAGGAAUUCAUCAUACAUUCCCCUGAUUUCGAAGCCGCCAAGUUCUGGAUCGGCAACAUGGGCAAAACCGCCACGCACGCGGUGGUGUUUGCUCAGCUGUACAUGCCAGGGGGCCAGUGCCACGGGCUGCACCCCUUCGUCGUGCAGAUUCGGAACCCGAAGACCCUUCUUCCCAUGCCGGGGGUGAUGGUUGGCGACAUUGGGAGGAAGCUUGGGCAGAACGGUCUGGACAACGGAUUCGCCAUGUUCCACAAGGUGAGGAUUCCUCGCCAGGACCUGCUGAACCGCAUGGGAGACGUCACCCCCGAGGGCACCUACGUCACCCACGUUAAGGGUGCCAGGCAGCGCUUCAGCGAGUCCCUGGGCAGCUUGUCCUCCGGCCGGGUCACCCUCGUGGGCGUGUCCGUCGUGAACCUGAAGCUGGCCGUGUCCAUAGCUCUGCGUUUCUCAGCCACCAGGCGUCAGUUUGGACCGACAGACGAGGAGGAGGUACCGGUGCUGGAGUAUCCGAUGCAGCAGUGGCGCUUACUGCCGUUCCUGGCUGCAGCCUAUGCCUUGGACCACUUUUCCAAAUCGCUCUUCCUGGACCUGGUGGAGCUUCAGCAAGGCCUUCUGGCGAACGACCGGAGCGCCAGGCAGGCAGAGCUGGGACGUGAGAUCCACGCCUUGGCAUCGGCCGGCAAGCCCCUGGCCUCGUGGACGGCCCAGCGGGGAAUUCAGGAGUGCCGGGAGGCGUGCGGAGGACAUGGCUAUCUGGCCGUGAACCGUCUGGGCAGCCUCAGAGACGACAACGACCCGAACUGCACGUACGAAGGCGACAACAACGUCCUGCUGCAGCAGACCAGUAACUACCUGCUCAGCCUGCUGGCGUGCCGGGACCAAGGUGGUGCCCGCAUCGAGAGCCCACUGAAGACCGUGGACUUUCUGGAAGCCUAUCCCAACAUCCUUGGCCAGAGGUUUGCAGGUUACAGCCCUGAGGACUGCUUGGACUCCUCAGUGCUAAGAGGAUGCAGGGGACACACUUGAAGACUUCUUUCUGAUGGUUACAGAGCUCCCCAAAUACUGCUCCUGGAAGUCCCUGGAAAUGACCUAAUCCUUCUAAUAACAUCGACUCCACCGGGAUUUUUUCCCCUAAAACCGCCCCCCACUGUAAAGUCAGGAUGUAAACACGUGAUCUGCCAGCUUCCGGACGUGUCCACGGCGCCUGCUGUGUCCCUGCCCUGCACGCCGGACCUGCGGCCGCAGAGGCUGUCUUGCCCCCCAGCAUCAGGAGGAAAGCCAGGGCGGCGACAUCUGUUUUUCCCGUGAGUGCUCUAAUUUUUUGCUCGUUCCAACAAAGUGAAAACAUUUUCUGGAGGAAAGAACACAAGCAAAAUUCAUUUGGCACAAGGGGCUCGGCCUCCAGCGCUGACGACACUCUCCCCGCGGAGAAGGAAGCCCACGGCCCGCGGCCAGUUGCUCGUUGCCAGGGCGUCUGAUCAUCAGAUCCCCCCUCUCGGGACCAGGCUUUGUCUCAACUGUGUCUUUGGCAAAAAUUACUUAAAUGACAUGUGACCCUGGGGCUCUGUAGGGCUGAACCCUCAAGACCAUUCCAGUAUUGAGUGAGGGCUGUUUGCACGGUCAGGAGGUUUUAGCUUCAAGGAUUAAAUUGUUUAUUUGGAGAGGGAGGGGCGGGGUGGCUCUCUGUCCAGUUCCUGUGAUUUGUGCGCGGAGGGUGUGAGGGUGCGUGUGCGCCGAGGAUGGGUUUAACAAGUGGUCCUGAGCGCUGAGGAUCCGCACGUCCCUUCAUAAGGCGAGGUCCAGUUCUCUCCCUUAGUUGGCCCAUUCGCAGAAGUAUUAAAUAAUUGGACUUCCGCAUGUUGGCUGCUCUGACUGCUGUGUGUAUACACAGGACAGUAGGGCUGUAUAGCAUCACGUGUUCAGAGGGGUAUGUGGUGCGGUCAGCGCGCUGCCCAGAGGUUGGAGCUCAGGCUCCGGAGUCAGCUGUGUGAACUGGGGCUAGAUGCUGGACCUCUCUGAGCCUCAGCUUCCCCUGUCACUUAUCGGGAGAGAAUGCUGCCCCCCGUGCUGAGCUCUCGCUAGGGGCUGGCUGCCGUGUGCUGCGGGCUCAGCGUUCUGAGCACUCCCUUGGGCACCGUGCAGAGUGAGCCCUGCAGGGUGCGUUUAGCUGUUUCCCAGGAAGCCAGUUGGCAAGGUGGGUCUUGGAGUUUCAGAGCCGUGUUUGGGGAGCAGUCAGCCCUGCAGGAGGCAUGGGCUGGGCAGGUUGGAGAGCAAGGGGCGCCCACACCUGAGGCUGCAUGCCAGCCGAGGACCUGGGGCCAGGUUGCCAAGCCUUGCUUUCUGGGGUGCACCUGGGUCAGAGCUCCACUUUGGAAGGUGCAGAGCGAGGCUGGGCUCGGGAGACCAGCCAGGACACCAGAGCCCGGUGCAGAGGCCGCGCUGGAGGGGUGGGGGUGGGGCCGGGGGAGGGUAGGGGAGGUGGUCAGGUGGUGGAUGGGACGGCUUGAAUGGCACUUUCAGUGGAGGGCUGGGCGAGACCCUCCCCCCUGAGGUGGGUGCUGGUGAGGCUGGGAGUUCAGGUGUCCCACCUUGAGUGGAGGCCCGGUGGGCAUGGCAGGAAGCCCCGGGGCUAAGGAGCCGUGCAGGGUCAGCUGACCUCCGAGUGCAGUGACAGCGGCUGCCCUGGGAGCGAGCCUGGGAGGGGAGGGGCCGCACGUGGGGAGGCAGGCAGUGCUCAGGGCCCUCGACGGGUGCAGGGGGGGCAGCUGGGGGAGCCGCGAGGAGGCCCCGUGGGGCAGCACCUCAAAGGCCAUUUGUGGCCCAGGAGCCCGGAGGGACUUGAGGACUGAAGUUGAAGCAGCAUUUGUCCUGGGCAGUCCGCAGCCCCCAGGCAAGAGCGUUACUGCCCACCUGUGCCAGUUCCCCGGUGACCCUUCGAUGCCCCUUCACACCCAGAUGGACUCUCCGAGUGGUCCACACGCCGCUGCUGUGAUCGAGCCUUCGUGUGCUCGCCGGGGGCUCUGCCCUUCCAUGGGGACACAGAGCAACGUGACCCACUUGUUUGUGAAAAAUUAACAGCCAAAAGUGGAGUUUCUAAAGAAAAAUGUUUCAGCGGCUCAUGUAUCAAGCUUGCUUCUCACCUGGAGCCCCGAGCAAGCUGUGAACUGGCUGCUGACCUCAGGCACCAAAGCUCCAGCUUGCAGGGCCCUCUGAGAGCCGGGUCCCUUCUGCAGAGGGUCGCCUGCCCAGGCAGCAUCUGGGAACAGCCUGGUGGGGCCGUGGUUGCUGCGUCAUGGGUGGCGGGGCCUCUGGCUCAGGUCAGGAAUCAGCCCUAGAGGCUGCUGGCCUCAGCAACUUCCUCGGGUUUUGUUUCUGCAUAAAUAAAUCAUGGAAAAUCUGA